UACGAUGCCGACUACGAUGCCGACUACGAUGCCGACUACGAUGCCGACUACGAUGCCGGCGAAACGUCAGGGAAUGUACCACGUCAACCAUCCGACUUUGGAAAUGAUUAUGCAUAAAAUGGACUCCGGACAAUGUGCGUUCCUCUAA